CUUCUUAACACUUCGUCUGCCUGGGACUCAGUCUGUGUCUCUGUGACUCUAACAAGCUGACAGCUCUGCUCGGUUAAAAUAACAUCAGGAUCCUGCAGCCAACAUGGAUGCUGAGAAGAGAUUGUCUGCGAGGCGUAAGCAUACUCUGAAGAGCUGUAUGCUGGUGGUGGCGAAUAAUCUGUUGGAGGCUGAAGCAGGAGUGAAGGCCGAUGAGAGGGAGAAGUUCCUGGCCGAUAAAUGUCCUCCUAUCGAGCUGCCGUACUCCAAGGACGAGCUCCUGGAGCUUUGCCAGAAACUUCAUGAGCAGAUUGACAUCAGUGAGGAGGAGAGAUACUCCAUAGAGUUCAAGCUGAACAUGGUUCUUAAUGAGGUCCGAGAUCUCAACAUAAAGAUUGUGGAUCUGAGAGGAAAGUUCAAGAGACCUCGGCUGAAGAAAGUGCGUAUGUCUGCUGACGCCAUGCUGAAGGCUCUGCUGGGCUCCAAGCACACAGUCAACAUGGACCUGAGGGCCAACCUGAAGCAGGUCAAGAAGGAGGUGAAAGAGGAGGACAAGCAGCUCCGCGACGUGGGAGACUGGCGUAAGAACAUUGAAGACAAAUCUGAUAGGAAGAAGAUGUUCGACAGUUAAACGUCGUCUGUCACUGACUGUUGGGCUUCAGAGUGAUUUUCAGGACAGAGUUCAGGUCUAAUGUCUUUGUAACUGAAGAGUUUUAUUCCAAAAUACUGCACAUCCACCUGCUUUUAUUGAACAGAUUGAUGCAUGACAGUUGCGGAGGUUAUACUGGUAAAAAAAAAUGUGUGUUUUAAGCUUCUGGUGCAGUAAGUGAUGAAUGGCCUUCAUCUCCUCAAUUGGUUCACAACUUUUUGAAAGUGAUGAUCAACUGUGCGAACACGGGAUUUAUCUUCAUACUUACCCGUUAUCCUCAUAUGCUUGCUUCAAAGCCUUGGUGUCACCAGCUGUUUUUAAUUUAGGCAACUAAAAACAGUAGAAACAUCAAGAGUCGAGUUGCACAGAUUUGUACUUUGCAAAAUCUGUGAUGUGAGUUGAGACAGAUAGGGCAGGGUUGGGUUGUUUGUGUUUUUUUAGCCCUGUAGUUUUUGGAUGUCUCAUUUUGGAAUAAAACUCUUCAGCUGAAUUGAAGUUGCCUUCUGCUUUUGCCUGUGUUGACACUGUACUGUGAUGUAUUUGUACUUUAUGUGCCGAUGUCAGUUAGCACGGGUAGUGAAUUAAACCUGCUUGUGUUCUGUAAAGGCUGAGUUACACUUCUGCAUCAAAAUGUCACAAUGUGCCUUCCUCAAACCUUCACUAAGAGCGUUUCUAUCGCACAUUUUCAAUUUCCGCAUUGAAAAAAAAUUUGCGGAAAUUUGAAGAAAAGGUUUUUUUUGAGGUUUAAUUGAAGAUCUUUUAAUUACUUCAUCUCGUUGUGUUCUCCUUGUAUCUCAAUAGACACACAGUCAUAGAAAUGUAUUCGUCUCAAACAAUUUCCAGUUCACUGCCACUGUAAACUGAUGCGUAUCAGGAAGUGAACAUGAUUUUUCUUUUUCUUCAGGAGUGAAUCUAAAAUCCAGAAAAAGAGAGAAAAAAUCAUGUUAUUUUCACCAUCUUUUACUUUGGAGUGUUGACUAAGCAGAAUUAUAGUGAUUCAAAUUGGUAAACCCUCAGAAUAGUUUUACGUUUAUAUGACUGUAGCUUAGCUUAGCGUAACAAGCUAACGUUCAGUAAUGGAUCAAAUAAAGCAAAAAGCCAGUCACAAACCAGAAAACAAAACUCACCUGCUGGUGACUGUAACUUCACAUUGCAGAAGUGUAAUUCAGUUUACAAUCUGUACUGAACAACAUCAUGUCAUCUUUUCUAAACUGUCUAAACCGAAAUGUGAUCGACUUUUCUCCUCGUCUUGUUGCUGUCACAUUAAAUAUGAAAGCUUCAUGUUCA